CUCGGUACGUAACACCUGGGUUCGCCACCAUGGAAAACCCUGAGCCCGGUAACCCGACCUACAUUUCUCCAAACUGAGCUCACCUCCCGCAGAGCGAAGGACUCGCUUGGAAAAACACAUGUCUUCAACAGAAUAACGCGGAUUGCCACUGGAAUCCUUACAAGGGGCCGGCCCGCAGGGGGAGAUCAUCCCACCUCUGCUUUCUCGCCUGCCUUCUCCGCUUCUUAGGCGCACUACAGCAGACCGAAAGCGACUCCGUAAAGACCGUCCGGCGGGUCCAAGAAGCCCAAGAUGCGCAGCUCGGAGUUUACCCUGCUGCUUGCCACUGCAGCUUACUUUCUGGCACAGAUGGAUCAAACAGAAUGUGCAAAAGUCUCCAAGCGGCCUCGGACAUGUCUAGAUCUGCCGGAAGAAAUACUGGAACAGAUGUUUGGGAAACUCUCGGUGGGAAUGUUAAGCGCCUUUCACCACACCCUGCAGCUUGCCCCUCUGGAGAAGGAGAAUCUCACUUGUCCCACUGGGGGUCGCUCCCCCACUGAAAAGAAGGCUCAGCUUCCUGUGAAUAUUCAGAGUGUCUCUCCUUGGGCUUACAGAGUCUCCUAUGAUCCUUUAAGAUACCCCAAAUACAUCCCAGAAGCUUACUGCUUAUGCAAAGGCUGCUUGGUUGGACCUUACGGAGAGGAGAGUUUACAGCACCGCAGUACUCCAGUGUUCAUGCCUUCUGUGAUCCUACGAAGAACACGAUCCUGCACUGGAGGGCGCUACGUGUACACUGAAUAUUACGUAUCCAUUCCUGUUGGGUGCACAUGCAUUCCAGAGACUGACAAAGAAACCGAGACCAGCAACUCCAGUUUAGCUAAAGAAGACAAAGUUAGCCAAGAAAAUGGUGUGAAGGUAGGACUGGAUACUGGAGUGAGAACUGACACUGUAUAGGGAACUCGGAGUUAAGCCACAGAUGUCUGCACGAUUUAGAUUUCCAACAGUGAAAUUCAUGAUAGUGAAGAUUUGUAUUUAAGCAAUGAAAAUAUAUUUUUAGCAUAAGUAGUGAAUAAGUUCAAGAAACAUUAGUAAAUAGUCUUGUCUCAUGGAACUAAGCAGUCAUCAGAUGGGUGCGCCGGUAUUGAGAUAUGGAUUUAGAUGGAGCAGAAAGGUUUGAAAUGCUUCUUGCUUUCAUAUACGUUUACAUUGGACUAUUGACAAUGUGAGUUUAACAUCUGCAUUGAGCUUCAACAGGUGUGAGGGAGCCCGGUGUCCAUGUAGACUUUCACUUGCUAAUACAGCACAGUCUUCUACCACA